AUGCAUGUAGCAGUGGGCGACUGCGUCGCCCUGGCCGUCUACUUGUUCACCUUCAUCCUGGGCCUGCCCGCUAAUCUGCUGGUCCUCUUUGUGUAUGUGCGAAAGGCCCGCAAGCGAGGCGCCACACCCAACGUGGUCUAUGCCCUCAACCUGUGCCUGGCAAACCUGGCACUUGUAGCCUGGCUGCCUGUCAAGGCCCUGGAGACACUGCUUCAGGACUGGAUGCUGCCGGCGCCACUGUGCCCCAUAUACAACUUCUUCCUCUUCUCCUCGCUGUACGGCAGCUGUCUCUUCCUGACCAUUGUGACAAUAGGCCGCUACCUCAGCAUCGCCUUCCCCAUCAGCUACAAGCGAUACCGCCGGGCUCGCAUCUCCUGCUUCAUCAGUGCUGCCCUGUGGGUUUUGGUGCUCCUCCACCUUGGCCUUGGCAUGGUGGCUGAGGGAGGGGCCUAUUUUGUCUCACCCGGUGAAGGCGAUGCUUCGGCCUGCUACGAACACUUCAAUGCUUCCCAGCUGGCCGUGCUCUUGCCCCUGCGGCUGGAGAUGGCCAUCGUGCUGUUCCUGCUGCCCCUGAUGGUGACCGCCUUUUGCACUCUGCGCUGUGUCACCCUGGUGUGGCGCACCUGUUUGCCUGCUGUGGGGAAGAGGAGGGUCUUGUUCGUAGCCCUCUCCACCCUCACCGCGUUUGUGGUGUGCUACGCACCCUAUAACAUUUCCCACGUCGUGGGCUUCGUGCUGGAGUUAAAUGUUAGCUGGAGGAGAGAGGCCAUGCUGACCAGCUCCUUCAACGUUUUCCUGGAGCCCGUGGUCAUGCUGAUCGUGUCGCCGGCGACGUCGCACAGCAGAAUCUGUGGACGGCAGAGCAGACUGAGCAGGAUGGAGGCGCAUCGGCGGCAUUGCGACACCCUGACACAGGAGCCCGUGGCGAAUGUCAGGGGGGUGCCCACGUUGUCUGAAAGGAGCAAACCUGGGGUUGACCUGACUAGAGUGAGUCAGGACUAA